UUUCUUUUCACUCAUUCUUCCAUUCCUUUCUGUCGCUCAUUGACUGAGUGCAUUCCCUUCUUUCGCGACUGGUCGCAUCUUUUCUAUACUCUUUCACUCUUGAAUCAGCAUUCAAUCAGUCUUCAAUUCAUCCGAUUCAUCUGAAUUCAAGAUGCAGCUUACUACCACCACUACCACCGCGCUGUGGACCGCUCUUCUGUCCGCCGCGUCCGUGGCCGCCCACGGCCAUGUCACCAACAUCGUCAUCAACGGCGUCUACUACGAGGGCUUCGACAUCGACGUGUUCCCCUACGAGGACGAUCCGCCGGUCGUGGUCGGCUGGACGACGCCCAACACGGGCAACGGCUACAUCCCGCCCAGCGAGUACGCUGAGCCCAACAUCAUCUGCCACGAGAACGCGACCAAUGCCAAGGGCUACGCGGUGGUGGGCGCCGGCGACAAGAUCAACAUCCAGUGGACCGCGUGGCCGGACAGCCACCACGGCCCCGUGCUAGACUACCUGGCCAACUGCGGCGACGACUGCAGCACGGUCGACAAGACGACGCUCGAGUUCUUCCGCAUCGACGGGGUGGGCCUGGUGAACGACACCGACGUUCCCGGCUACUGGGGCGACGACGAGCUCAUUGACAACGACUCCAGCUGGCUGGUCGAGAUCCCCCCGGAGCUGGCGGCGGGCAACUACGUCCUGCGCCACGAGAUCAUCGCCCUCCACAGCGCCGAGGAGCUGGACGGCGCCCAGAACUACCCGCAGUGCUUCAACCUCAAGGUCACCGGCACGGGAACCCUGAGCCCGACCGGCACUCUGGGAACAGAGCUGUACCAGUCCACCGAUCCGGGCCUGUACAUCGACAUCUACAGCACGUUGACCACCUACGAGAUGCCUGGUCCGACUCUCAUUAGCGGCGCCGUCUCCGUCUCCCAGAGCAGCUCUUCCAUCACCUCCUACGGCAAUGCCACCACCGCCGACGAUAGCUCCGCUACUGCUGCCGCCGCUGCUACCACUGCUGCUGCCGCUGUCUCGACCACUGCUGCUGCUGUCGCCGCUGCUGAUACCGCUGCCGCUGAUACCUCUGCUGCUGCAGCUGCCUCGGUCGUGUCUAUCACUGCUGCGCCCACCACCUUUGUGACUGCCACUGUUGCCAGCACCAGCGCUGCCGCCCCGGCUUCUUCUUCUGCUGCUGGUGACGAUGGCGACGACGGUGAUGACGGUGAUGAUAGUGACUGCGAUGACGGUGACGACGACGACGACGAUGACGACGAUGACGAUGAUGAUGAUGAUGAUUCUGGCGACUCCAGCGCCGACUCGUACGUUGCGUCGUCGACUGCCGCCGCCGCCGUGGCCGCAACGACCCCUGCGCCGACCACCGCGGCGGUGGCGGGCUCUAGCUCCAGCUCCGACACGCAGUCAAUGUACGGCCAGUGCGGCGGCGUCAACUGGAGCGGUGCUACGGCGUGUGCCAGCGGAGCGUCAUGCUACUCGUACAACGCGUACUACUACCAGUGCAUUGCUACGUCGUGAUACAUAGCUCCAG